AUGGAAGUUUACGUUGAUGAUAUGCUGGUCAAGAGCAACAAAGGCACUGAUCAUGUGCUAGACCUGAAGGAGGCUUUUGGUGUCCUGCGAAAGAACCAAAUGAGACUAAAUCCCACCAAGUGUGCAUUUGGAGUAACCUCUGGGAAAUUCUUGGGCUUUCUAGUGUCGCAAAGGGGGAUAGAAGCAAACCCCUCAAAAAUUGAGGCCAUUCACGAGAUGCGUGCACCAAGAAACAUUCGCGAAGUGCAGAAACUGACCGGCUGCCUGGCUGCUCUUAGCAGGUUCUUGUCCCGAGCUGGCGAUAGGUGCCUUCCAUUUUUCAAGCUGCUAAAAGGAGGAAAAGGCCAACAGCAAUUUCGCUGGACAGAAGAAUGCGAAGCAGCUUUCGAGGAGAUCAAGCUUUAUCUCGCUACCUCAGCCGUGGCCGUCAGUGCAGUCGUUGUCAGAGAAGAGGCAAAGACCCAAAGGCCCAUCUACUAUGUGAGUCAUGUGCUCCUGGAAGCAGAGACAAGGUACCGGAAGAUUGAGAAGCUUGCACUGGCACUGGUCGUGACAGCCAGAAAGCUGAGGCCUUACUUCCAAGCACACGCCAUUACUGUACUAACUGAUCAACCCCUGAGAAAGUCACUUCACAGCCCCAGCGUAGCGGGAUGUAUGGUAAGUUGGGCUGUCGAGUUGAGUGAGCACAAUAUUGAAUUCCAACCAAGAAGCGCGAUCAAGGGCCAGGCGCUGGCUGACUUUUUGGUAGAAUGUACCCAAGCCGAAGAACCGGGAGAUCCUGAGGCCGAGCCGAACAGAAAAUGGGCGCUCUUUGUUGAUGGAUCCAGCACCACAGCACGGAGCGGCGCUGGGCUCGUGCUGAAAAGCCCUGAAGAGUUCACGAUACAUUAUGCCCUUAGGUUUGCAUUUCCCGCAACAAACAAUGAAGCAGAGUAUGAAGCACUGAUUGCAGGAAUCAAACUGGCAAAGGCGGUGAUGACAGACGACCUGGUCGCUCAUAGUGACUCCCAAUUAAUCGUGAACCAAGUCAAUGGCCAAUACGAGGCCAAAGAAGAAAGAAUGGCCAUGUAUUUGAAGGAAGUACGUCGUCUGGUGAGCAGCUUUGGCACGUUCGCGAUGGUACAGAUCCCGCGGCAAGAAAAUGCUUUGGCAGAUGCCCUCUCCAAACUAGCUACAGCAGACUUCGCUGACUGCGCAAGCUCUGUAUAUUUUGAAGUGCUAGACCAACCAAGCUAUGAACAAGAAUUGAUGUGCAGCAUUACUCAAAGGGCCGAGCCGAGUUGGAUGGAUCCCAUCGUGGUCUAUUUACGUGACUGGCAUCUCCCAGGAGAUCAAGCAGAAGCAAGGGCAAUCAAAAGGAGAGCAGCCAAAUACACCCUUCAGGGUGGAGUACUUUACAAAAGGGUGAUAUCCUGGCCCCUGCUGAAGUGCCUGCCCCCGAACCGAGCUGAGGAGACACUUCGUGAAGUCCACGAGGGGAUUUGUGGGGGACACAUCGGGGCACGUCCCCUGGCCAGAAUCACAGAGCAGGCAGUAGAGAAGUUCGUUAGGGACGACAUUAUAUUCCGCUAUGGUGUUCCAAAGGUGCUGGUCACGGAUAAUGGUCGACAAUUCGACAAUCGAAAAUUCAUGCACUUCUGCAGCAACUUCAAUAUUGAUUUUCGAAACACCGCUGUAGCACACCCGCAGUCGAAUGGUCAGGUAGAAAAGGCCAACCACACACUUCUAGAUGGAAUAAAGAAGAGGCUGGACUGGGAGAAGAAGAACUGGGCAGAUCAGCUACUCAGUGUACUCUGGGCUUAUCGCACUUCAGCUCGGACACCCACAGGAGAGACACCAUUCCGACUAACAUACGGAACUGAAGUGUUAACCCCUGUGGAGGUAACCCAAGCCUCGUUCCGAUCAGCAGUGUUUGAAGCCUCACAGAACGAAGCUGGGCUCCAAGCAAACGCUGACUUCAUAGACGAAGUUCGGGAAGAAGCACUUAUUCGAAAUGAAACCUACAAGCAGAAAGUCCGGCAAUACCACAACAGGAGGGUCAAGCCACGGGGAUUCGUAGUUGGGGACUUGGUGCUGAGGAAAGCAGCAGCGGCGGACCCAAGAAGUGAAGGCAAGCUCAGCGCGAACUGGGAAGGCCCUUACAUAGUCUCCAAAGUGGUACACCCUCGCACAUACCAUUUGCAGACUCAGGGGGGCACAGCUAUACCAAGGGCAUGGAACGUUCAAAAUCUCAGAAAAUUUUUCCAGUAG